UUGAAAUCUCCUCCAGUUAUUUAAUUGUCUAAAAGUUGCCUAUAGACUCUCUACUUCUUUCCUGUUCUUUCUCCCAUUUUCCCCUCUCUUUAGAUUUUCUGUUCAUCUGCAGACACAAAGUUUGGUUUUGGUCUGAACCUUUUCACUUACCAGAAUUUGGGUAGUCUUUAAUUCUUGAAAAUACAUCUGAAAAGCUUCCAAACACUAAUUUCCUUCUUUUUCUUGUGCUAAAUUCAAAAGGGUAUGUCCUGAAUUAGUUGUAAGAGAUAGGAGUUGAGUUAUAUUAGUAAUAAAGAUGAAGAUCCAGUGUGAUGUAUGUGAGAAAGCUCAAGCUACUGUAAUUUGCUGUGCUGAUGAGGCAGCUUUGUGUGCUAAAUGUGAUAUUGAAGUUCAUGCAGCAAAUAAACUGGCAAGUAAGCAUCAGAGGCUUCAUCUUCAGUGCCUCUCUAACAAGCUUCCUCCUUGUGAUAUUUGCCAAGAUAAAGCAGCCUUCAUCUUCUGUGUUGAGGAUAGAGCUCUCUUUUGCAAGGACUGUGAUGAAGCAAUUCAUUCUGCCAGCAGCCUUGCUGCAAACCACCAGCGCUUCCUAGCCACUGGAAUUCGAGUAGCCUUGAGCUCAAGCUGUAAUAAGGAUGCAGUAAAAACCCAAUUGGAGCCACCGCAACCACCUCAGCAGAAUUCUCAACAAGUUAGCCUGAAAAUGCCUCCACAUCAAUUGUCCGGUAUCACAUCACCAUCUUGGCCAGUUGAUGAUUUACUAGGAUUUCCAGAUUAUGAUUCGUCUGACAAGAAGGAGCUACUUGAGCUAGGUGAACUUGAGUGGUUGGGAGACAUUGAUCUCUUUGGUGAACAAACAGCAGCUGAAGUACCCGAGCUAUCAGUAUCUCAGUCGAGCAACACACAUAAUAUUUACAAGCAAACCAGAUAUCAAAUGUCUUACAAGAAGCCCAGAAUUGAAAUCCCAGAUGACGAUGAGUAUUUUACAGUUCCAGAUCUUGGUUGAACUCCAAUGUUGUGAGAUUUAUUUAAACGCUUAAGUGUGCUUGCAUGUACUACUAAACCAGUGCACUCAUAUGGUCAACAGAUAUGUUUAGUAGUAAGUACUAAGUAGAAGAAACAUUGUUCUGCUUUAGAUAGUCUUUAUCUUGUGUAAUUUCGCCUCUCAGGUUGCAUCAGCUUCUUAUUCUUAAGUCUACAAUCAAUUCACCUUAAAACACAGUGAGGCGUUCUUGGA